CUCGUGCGUUCAGCGGUCGUGAGGAAGGUUGUGUAAUUUUUCGAGAAGCGAAUUUCGUGCGAAAUCAAUCCUGCUUAUUGCUCUCUUACGCGGUUGUACGACAAUGCCGGUUGUAGUCGAUGUUGAAUACUGUGGUCCUUGUGGCUACCAGGGUAUAUUCGAAGACCUGGCGAGCAUCAUUGAAAGCAACAUACCGAAUGUAGCUGUUCAUGGCAAUCCUGAGGGGCGUGCUCGUUCAUUCGAAGUGAAGAUCAAUGACACGUUGGUGUUCUCUCGACUGAUAUCGAACGCUUUUCCGGAUCCCAAUGAAAUUGCUGAAAUUGCUGCUGCUUCUUGCGUUGGUGUCACUCCGACGUGGGCGACACACAUGAUGAGCUAAACGAUACUUACAGGCCCGAACUGUUCAUUCUUCCACCAAUUUUUCAGCGAGAUUUGAUUCAAGUAUUUUAAUGCAUGGAUUUUGAUAUAUCUGCAUUUGAAGCAAUAAUAAACUCAUCAGCAUUAUA